GUGAAGUGAAUCGCAGAAUGUGGAGCGGCGACUGCGACGGCAACCGAAUUCGAUCUGCAGUCUGAGAGGGAGUGUUGUAAACAACCUGUUUCAAGCCACAGCAUCCGGGGGAUAAGGGAAAGAGAGAGCUCGAGCCAAAAUCAACCCCAGAAGCUACCCUCGCUGCCCAGCUACUGUAAGCUGCCCUGGAAGCUACCCCACAUCCUUUACACGCGUGUAAAAAACGUCCCCACUCUACUCCUUCCCAACCCCCUUCCUUCCCAACGCAAUUAUUGUGAGCAGUAAGCAUCCCCGUGUUCACCUUCAACCGCCACCAGCUAUCACGGCAAUCACCUGCAACAUGUCUCUCGACUGACUUAAGGCACAGCACAGUCAUCAUGUCUUCACACCAGGCGCUCCAGGGGCACCUGUGGUGUGGCAUCUUUACUGGAGCAACCACACCACGGCGGAAGAGGAGGAAGGUUGCUCCGGUUACCCCGCGGUUGCCCAUACGUCUGCCAACCGCCGCUGUGCAGACACCAGUGCAACCCCCGCGAUUUGAGUUCCCAUCGUCUGUCCAGCACCACUUGCCCCAAGCAAUUGCAGACAUGGUUGGCGAGAGUUCCGGCGACGAAGAUGAAGAUGGGCAGCAGGAGCAGCAUCAGCGGCAAGGGCUUUCACCCGUCGAAAGGGGUCUGCAGCGUCCGUUGAACCUCCCCGCUCCCAUCCCUUUCCGGUUUCCCAGCACACCGGGUGGAUCCCUGGUGCUUGAACCCCCGCCUCCACCACCAGUUCAACGACCCCGCCCGCAGACACAUGCCAGCACAAAGGUUUCCCUUCACCGAAUCCAAAAUCACAAUCAAGUCCAAAGGGAGCGCCUAACAACGUUCAUCGCCGAUGUUCAUGUCCUUGCGCGCCACACCACCUUCUUUAUCAAGUACUACCUUGCUGAUCAUCCUCUACACGAUUUCCCGGACAUCACCGACAAGCACAUUAGUGUGAUAUUUGAGCUGCUAAACAAUCCGGGCUACAACGGCAAUCCGGUCAUCGUGCAAGAAUUGCGUCCACGGGUUCAAGAGUACUGUAAUGUUCACGGAUUUGCCCCCAUCCGCAUGCGAAAUAGCCAACAGACCGCAGCGUACACAGCUACGAGCAUCUUCACCAACCUCAAAGUCAACGUACAGGAGCAUUUUAUGCAAAUGUUUCUGCGCUAUGUCAAUGAAAGGCUUGGUUUGAAGCAAGUCGUACUGCAUCUCCGGAGAGCGCAGCGGCGACACUAUUAUCGGCGUGUCCAUCAAUUUACAAAGUACGCAACGUUUGAAGAGUAUCCAACCGAAGAGGAAUUUGCGCGCCUCACACGAAUUGAGCGGACCGUCCUCGACGAGUUAUGGGCUCUGUUUCCUCCCCAGGAUGAGCCGCUUGCGUACAGCCUUGCAGUGGACGCAAUGGCAUAUUUAGGUGCCUAUUGUGAGCUCUCAUGCCUCUAUGAGCGCCGUGGAAUGCGGCUGUUUUCCGCUAUCCCGCUGCGCAAAUCUCGAAUCCAGUCAUCUGUUCGGAUCGACACGCUGAUCCUAGGCACUCAUAUCCUGGAUGUUGGCCGACGUCCCACGGGGAAACUCACUGAUGAACGCAAGCAGGAGCUGUGGGGGCAGUUUCUCAAUGUGAAUAAGCUUGGUCUCAAAUUUGAUGGGUCAAUCAGCACAAACGGGUAUUCCGUUACCAUCCACUUCAAGAAGCCAGGGCUCAAGUAUGGGCAUCGGGCCCGGAAGCGCAGCAAGCCGCAAAUGCGGGAAGAAGUCAAGCAGCUGUAUUUUGAGCACCACAUUGCGGAACUACGCGAGGCUCCAAACAUCGUCUGCAUUGAUCCGGGCAAGCAUGACCUCCUGUUCUGUCGAGACAUCGAGAAGGAGCGCCCAUUUCGAUACACAUCCACUCAACGGGCGAAGAGCAUGAACAUCGAGGCGUUCUCAGCGUUCAUUGUGGAUCACAUACAUGCAGAUCCCGCCCUGGAUGAGUUUUACCGGGAUCAGAUUCACGUGGCUCGCAGAUUCAAGGCGUUCUCUGCGGCAAAAGUCUGA